UGGGUCUGAGGGGCCGGCGGGGGCUGAGGGCGAUCCUGGCUUCCCCGGCCCCUCCGUCCUGCCCGGACGCUGCCCCGGGCGGCGACCUACUCCCUGGAGGGCAGUGACCCAGUGCUUGACAUCUCAGUAGCUAUGUUACAAGUAAUAACACAAAUAAUUUAAAGCAAUUAAGUUGCUGAAUAAGCUGUGUUUUUCCUGCACAGCCGGCUUUCGGGGUGUAGGAAAGAGACUGGUAUUUAACUCCAGUGUCAUAAAGGCCCCGCGUUGGGAGGCUCUGGGUGGCUGGGCUGCCUUACAAACGAUGACACAAGUGUCAUCAUAUGCAUGUACUCUGUUCUUAGUGGAAAAUGCUGCCAAUCCUACGUAGCUGAAUUGGGACCCUGAAUGAAAUGCAUGCCUGGACUUAUUUCCACAUAAAAACCAGAAAACUUGCAUCCUUUCUUCCCUGUUACUUGUUCUUUCCCAUUUUCUUCUAUGUAUCAUGGGAAUGAUAUGUUUUGGGUAUUUUGGAGUGUAAAUAAUGUUCAAGUGGCAAAGAAUUUUUUCCUGACUUUAUGAAUUGAGUGGGUAACCAGCUCUCUUAUCCCUAUAAACACUCCCCAGCAGAGCAAUGCUCCUCAGCUCCUGUCACUUUCUUACUGAGUAACGUUGUAAAGCUUCUUGAUGGCUCUGUGGGAGUAUAGAGGAAAAGAGAGGGAGCAACAAUAAAACUAGUAGCAACAUUAAAUAAUGUUAUAUACUCUAAAUCUCUUCCUGCCUGAAGUUAGCUUUGAUGCAUAGUUUUCCUGGCUUACUUUGAUAUCACAUUGAUGUGGUCAAAGGAGACAUCCCUCCUGUUGUACCUUGAAGUAUAUAUCGAGCAUUUUUGGUCUGAUAUGCAGAGGAACUGCCCUCAGGAAGGUGGAUGAUAAGUGAGGUUUUCUUAGAAGUCACAAAUGCAGGUCUGCUACCCACUCCAAUAGCACACAGCAACAAUAAAAGAAUCUUGUUUCCUCAGUUGGAGCAACCAGAGAUAAAUGCACACAUCAUGGUGCUUUCUAUCAAAACCCUCUUUGCGGCAGCUGCCCUUGCUACACGGAAUAGCUAGUCUUUCUAGCUAGGACACUGUCCUGUAAAGCAUCAUGGAAUGGUUUGAGUUGGAGGGGGCCUUAAAGAUCACCUAGUUCUAGCCCCUCACCAUGGGCAGGGACACCUUCCACCAGAUCAGCUGCAUCCAACCUGGCCUUGGACACUUAUGGGGAUGGAGGGAGAGCCUGCUGUUGCCUGCCCUGCAUGGAAGACCUGGUUUGUGUAACUUCAUCUGCAGGCUGUAUCUGAUGCUCUGUGCCAUCAUUGUCUUGCUGGAGAAAGAAAUGUUAUUUAGGGUUUGGGAGAUAGUAUUCCCAGUUGGACAGAAAACACCUGAAUCUGAUUGGAUCAUGAGGAAGACAAAGCAUUCCUGGGCAGCCUUUGUGGGAGGAGGCAACAAGAAGGGCGAGAAAAUGGCUGGGGAAAAUGCAAGAAUACUGCCUAAGGCCACACAUGAGGAGAGAAAGAAGCAGGACAUGAAGAGGAAAGCAACAUUGAAAACCUUGGCAGGCAAAUUACUGAAGACUGUGGUUGGUGGGAAGGAGAUGGUGGAGAAGGUUGGUGCUGAGGAUGUGACAGGGAAUUUGCUGAAGAGGCCAACCAGUAGGAAAGGAGUGGAGAGAGGGAUGCCUGCAGAGGAAACCAUCUGCAGAUUCAUUGAGCAAGGAAAAUUUUUGGAAGCUUGUGAACAAAUUCAUAAUCUGGAGCAUUCUGGAAAGGAUGGUAUGAAAAAGUCUGAAUCACUUUAUGUGCUGCUGGCUGAACAAAUGUGGACUGUAGUGGGAGAAGCACUCGGUGGAAGUGACAGGAUGCUCCUGGAGCCAUUGCAGUCAGUGGGGGAAUCACUGAAGUGGGAGAAGCAGAAGGAAGCAGAGUGGCUUGGUAAUGGCCUAGAGACAGAGUCUGUUUCCACCUGGAGCCCAAACUUCUGGAGAAAAGAUCUGGAGGAAAAGCUAAUGCAAUACAUGACCGCGCAGAUCCCCCUGUUUGGUUCCUCUGCUAACACAGAUGAGACUGCACUAAACCAGCACCUGAAUCAUCUGGAAACAAUAUUUCUCCCCAGCCUGGAGCACAGGAGUGAUAUCUUCAAGGAAGCAGGAUUGCUCAUCACCUAUGCCCGCUGCUGUCAUGCCUCUUUGUGUUCUCACCUUGCCACACUUACUGACAGUAACUGUUUCAGUUUCAGCCAAAGUCUUUUAAUUUAUGAAUGGAGCAUUAAAAUGUACAAAAGUGGCAGCCAAGCAUGUGUGAGACCAGGGCACAUCCCCCAGCACAGCCUUUCCCUUGGUGCACAGUGCCUCGUGUGGAUUCUUUUGAAGACUGAGGAAAAAUUACUUGCAAUCGCACGGAAGGAAGUAGGGGAAGCGCUGAAAGAAGCCUUUGAUAUUGGGAAACCCCCUUGUGCAGAUGCUGCAGUCAUUGAGAUACUAACGGAGAAGACAGAGGCUGCCAGGCGAGUCAGCGAGAGCCUGAGUGAGAAGGUGGAAGCUGAGUGCCUGGAGGAGUGCCUGAGGUUCCUGGAGAGCUAUGAAGAUGAAGUAAGAAGCUUUCUCCAGCUUGACAGCUGCCCGAAGAUCUGCAACAGCUUACGAGUCCUGGAGAAUUGCUGUCUUCUCAGAACUGUCUGGCAUAAGCUAACAUAUAUUUGCAGUGUCAGCACUGAGCAGAAUAUUAAGGUAAAUAGUUUUCUACACAGGAUGGAAGAUGACAUUAUGGAGCAUUUUCUGCAGACCAUCACUUCUAAAGUCAAGGGAACACUGAAGGACCACUUCAAAAAGUGUGACAGUGGUUUUGACCACAUGCUUGAAUCCUUAAAUCAAAGCUUUUUGACCUUUGGGAAGAAAAAAACAGAUACAUAUGAGGCCCUCAUCAAGGCUGUCAAUGCCAUCAUUAUCACAGAAUACAUGCAGGCCCUCCUGACCACUCCCAGGAAACUAUCUGCUAUGCAGAGGAGGAGGAUUGUCAACAAGAUAGAAGAAGAUCAUAGGAUGAUGCAAACCAUCUUUAAAGAGUGUUUAGGUCCUGAAGCUGGUUCUCUCAAGGAUCCCAUAAAAGCAAUUUUAGAACUUAUUCAAACUUCUGAUGCUGAGGGGAUGAAAAUAGCACUUCUGCCCAUUCUGAAAGAAUUUCCUGACCUCAGGAAGGAACAUCUGAGUGCAGUGCUGGACAUCAAAGAUGUGCUCAGCCGAGAGGACAAAGCUGCUCUCUUGAAGACAUUUCAUGAUAAUUGCAGGGAAUCAGAAACAGAAGCAAACUUGCUUUUUGCAGAUAUAGAAGUAAAACCUAGAAAAUAUGGACUCUGUGGCUGCCUCUGCUGUUAGCAAAGGCCUGCUGGGAGAGACAUGAGGCUUUGCUCCCCUGUGCCAGUGUCUGCAAGCUCCUUGAAAUCUUCACAUGCAGCUGGAUGCACGGAGAAGCCUAUCAGCCAUGGAAGACAAAAUUCCUGCAUUUUUGCAGCAAAAACAUGUGGGUCAAAUCCGAAUCUUAUAUGUAAAAUCCAGGAGUAAGAUGAAUUGGAUAUGGUAGAAAGACAUUUCUUCAAAACUUCCUAGAGAUUGCCAUGCAACUGAGUCCUGGUGGUUAUUCUCAGGAUGUGGCAAGUGUGGAGGAGGAAGGUUUCACCUCACCAAAUUCCUCUCUGUUUCCAUGCCUUGUUCCAUGACAUCUCUAAGGAAACCAAGGACUGCUGUACCACAUGGUGCCCAUCAUUGCAACCUCACGAGGGAUCCAAGACCUCUGUUAGGGAAUAUUGCCUGGCUGACUGUGCUGGCAAUGCCUGCAGGUCUAGGCACCUCAAUUUACCCCCCCAAAGCCUGACCUGGACCAGGAGGGUGCAGACAAAGCUGCCUUUUCCCUCUCUCAUGAAGGCUGUGACUUGCUUUGAGGGCACCCUGCCAUGGUGAGGUGUGGGAUGGGGAGUUCUUCCUGUAUGAGUUUUCCAGCUGGCUCAGGAGCAUAGUCUUGCAUUAAUUUUUAUACCUCAGUUACUGGAAAUUUCCUCUUGGAGAGGGAGGGGAAAUCCUCAUGGGAAGCAGGCAGUAAAAGGAGCUAUUUGUCCCAGCCUCUGGGGCAAGGUCUCUGCUAGUUUUCACAUGUAAAUGGGCAGUUACAAAGGAAAAACACUGACUUCUUCCUGGUUAUCUAUGGACUGGUCACAGCUGCCAAGCUGGAUGUGGUUCAAGGCCCUCCUUUGCUAUUGUGUGAAUACAGGCCAUUACUGCUCCUCUCUGACAACAUAACUGAGCAAAAAACUCUACCUCAGAUGGGCCAGUGUUUUUCUGAGCAGCCAUUCCCUGUCGAGUCUGCUUCCCUAACAAGAGGGAAAGCCUGUGCAAAACCUGUCAGUGUGUCUAGCAGCAGACAUGUCAUGCCCUGAUACCAUCAGAAAUGCAGACCCAGCUGUGCGCUGCCAUGUUCUGCAGUGCUGUGCCAUCACCCCAGGGGCACAGGUGCCCCAUCCCAGAGCCCUGUGUGCAGAUGGGGUCCUGGAGCUAGAAAGGAGCCAGGGCAGUUUUGUAAUUAUCAUUAGCUUUGUUCUUGGUGCAGUGCUGAGUUGCUCCAUCUCCAGAGAGUCCUCUGUGUGCUUUCAGGGCACCAGGAGACCUUGGUACUGCUACACUUCACCCCUAAUGUCACUGAAGGGCAGUGAGAGCAUGCCAUGGCCUGCUUGCCCUUCCUGACUGCAAAGCUGCUCAAAAGGCCAGUGCUGGUGUCCCUAACAUUUCGUAGCUGUCCACUGUGACUUCAGUGAGACCUUCCCUGUGAUGUGGGAAGGCUGGGUAAUCUGGGGGAGCCACAGCUUGGCUGGGUGGGUGUGGGUUGGGCUGCAGGGCUGGAUGAACACCUGCCUUCUGAAGGUUGCCAGCCCUGCCAGGCACUCUGAGCCAGUCACCCAUCCCUCCUGCUGAACUGCACAUUUUUUUAAGGGUGUGGAGGGAUAUCAGACCUGAAUGACAGACCCUAUUGUGAUGGCAGGGUCAGGGUCAGCCUCUGCCAAUGGGGAUUUCAAGCAACAAGCCUUCCAGAGAAAAUAAAUGAAACCUUCUCUGACAUUUCCAUCACUGUUGGGCUAAAAAUAAUCUGUCAGCAUGCGGACAGCUCUGGCCAUGCACAUGUCAAUGUCUGUGUGUGUCUGGUGUUUGACAUCUGCAGCCAGACAAGGGUGCGUUCUGCUAGGAAUCAGCAGCUGGGAGCCCUGAGGGACACCAGACUUGCCAUUGCUGUGUGCAGAUCAAUGAGGUUUUGUAGCAGCAAGUUUUUGCACCAUGUGUGAAGCAUCCACUCAUCAAGAGACCAAAUAAAGACUUGACUCCAUGAGGCUCAA